UUUUUCAACCAUACCUUCACCAUGGUCCGGUACACUCUUCUCACAGCUACCCUCCUGGGCUUCACCGCCGCUCAAACCCCCGGCAAGGGACGUGAAGUCCAUCCUAAGCUGACCACUUGGGAGUGUACCAAGCGCGGAGGAUGUAAGGCUCAAGACACAGCCAUUGUCCUCGACUCAUCAAAUCAUCCCAACUACCAGAAGAAUGAUACCACGAAAAAUUGCGGAAACUGGGGUGAGGCAGCAAACCCAGCUGUAUGUCCGGAUGAGAAGACCUGCGCUCAAAAUUGUAUCAUGGAUGGCAUCAGCAACUAUGCUGAUUAUGGCAUUACUACUAAUGGAGGUAGCUUGAAGAUGGACUUUUUCGGAAAGAACAACUUCGCGAGCCCCAGGGCUUAUCUUCUUGCCAAAGACGAGAAGAAGUAUGAGAUGGUCAAGUUGACCGGCAAGGAGUUUACUUUCGAUGUGGAUAUCUCCAGAGCACCAUGCGGCAUGAACGGCGCACUUUAUUUGUCUGAGAUGAAAGAAGAUGGAGGGCGGUCGAAGUUAAACCCAGCAGGCGCGUCCUACGGUACCGGAUAUUGUGACGCCCAAUGCUACACCACCCCUUUCGUCAAUGGAGGCAAUAUCGAUGGUUCUGGUGUUUGCUGCAAUGAGAUGGAUAUCUGGGAAGCCAACAGCCGCGCCACCUCCAUCGCACCACACACAUGUUCCAAACCUAGCCUCUUUCAGUGCAAAGGCGCUGAGUGUGGGCCCACUGGUCUCUGCGACAAGAACGGCUGUGGCAACAACCCGUACCGAAGCGACGUAAAGAACUUUUACGGCCGUGGCCUAAAGGUUGACACAACGAAACCCUUCACAGUGAUUACACAAUUUCCUGCCAAGAAUGGGGUCCUUCAAUCGAUCGAGCGCAAAUAUGUCCAGAACGGUAUCCUCUACGAGAAUGAACCUCGCAACGUUACUAUGAAUGAUGCUUACUGUGCGGCCAAUGGAGCUGAGAUGUUUCUCAAAGAUGGUGCCAUGAAGGGUAUGGGAGACGCUUUGAGUCGCGGUAUGGUUCUUGCAUUUGCCCUCUGGUGGGAUCAAGGUGGUUUUAUGCAGUGGCUUGACAGCGGCGAUGCUGGUCCUUGCGAUGCUACUGAGGGCGACCCCAAAAAUAUCAUCAAGGUCGAGAAAGCACCUACCGUCACGUUCAGCCAGAUCAAGUGGGGAGAGAUCGGAUCAACAUUCAAGGCAAGCAAUCAAUGGAUUGCGUAGAGUAG